GUAUGUAAACAUACAAUUGUAUAGGCUAAAUUUGGCGGAGUUGUUAACAAAGUUGAAAACGAAUAUGUCGAAAAGAAAUUUUAACAAAAUGGAUGAUGAUCAGAUACGGGGAUCAUCCAGGGUUUUACGAAGUAGUCUGGCAAAGAAAGGCGGACACUUGGACGAAAAGUUUAAAAAACGGAAAAUGACUGACUUGGAUCCUAGAUCUUCACAAGUAAGAAAUCAAAGAGGGAGACUCAAUCAAACAAAAGUGAAGGGCACCAAAAGUCUCGCAGAGAAACACGUAAGUACCGAUGCUAAGAAAGGGAAACAAGGCACAAAGACUACAGUUUGGUCAAUAAAGGACAAACAUGAAUACAAAAUACAGUUACCUCUAUCUGUUGACACAAGUAUUAGCUGGAUCACCGGUUGUCAUUUAAUGGAUUCAGGGGAGAUAAUUAUGACCGAUUUUUACAACAAAAGUCUGAAGAAGUUGGAUAGAACGAGCGCAACAGUCACUGUGUGUGAUCUCCCCUCGAUACCUUUCGGAAUGUGCUAUAUUGGUAACAACACGGUUGCUGUUUCACUUGGACAAAAGCUCCAGUUUGCCAAUAUCAGUGGUGAUAUGAAUUUAAUGCAAUCAGUAGAUACCGAUCAUUACUGUAAAGGUUUAACGUACCACGACUCUAAAAUACUUACUGUAAAUGAUAACUCCGUUUUUAUACACAACUAUAAUGGAAAACAGGAACGCUGUUUGUUUACAUAUGACUCAAAUGCAUAUUUUCAAGGCAUUGCAGUGAGCGAUGAUGGGCAAAGAAUUUACAUCGCAUCUUGGAACAUUGGACUUGUUACCAUUGACAACAAAGGAAAUCAUCUAUUUACGUUGUCUGAUCCGGAGUUGAACGACCCUUUUCGCUUGUCUUUAGAUAACCAUGGAAAUGUCUUGAUUUGUUAUCCGCAUUCAAACAUUGUGAUGCAAGUAAGUCCUGAUGGAAAGAAUGAGAUGGGAAGAAUUAUUAAAGCCACUGAUUCUAUUGAAUGGCCGAAUUCACUUUACUUUGACAGAAAUACAAGCUCGAUUAUCGUAGGCUGUGGCGGUUCUGCAUAUUUAUAUGUUUUUGAUCUGAAAUGAUACCAGAACAUUGAAGAUAUUCCAGUUUCACUUGAUUCUGGCAUUUAACUGUAAAAUAUUGUAAAUUUGUUUUGGAAAUUUGCCUUAGGUAAAUAGAUAUUACUUAUUUCCGACCCAGGUUUGUUUUGUUGUAAAAUGUAAAUAUUUAUUUGUAGUAGAUCUAUAUAUGUACCAUUUAUUGAAAUAAAAGAUUUUUUUAACUAAUUAAUUCCGAUGUCCUCAAAAGAUAAUGACCAAUAAGGUAUUUGUUGACUCCAUUGUCACUUUUACGCCGGCUACGGUAUUCAUUUCUAGUAGAUUUCCUUUUCUCGAGAUAAAAUACAUUGCA